AUGCCUGAGAAUGCAGAAAUCAGAAAUGAUGCGCUGGACCCGAGGAAUUACAACAAGUUGUACUUGAAUGGCCAAUACGUCAAAGCACAAAGCAAAGAUACUUAUAGUCUCAAAAAUCCGAAGAACAACACUACUGUCAUCGAGGAUAUUCCCAUAGCUGGACCUGCUGAUGUCGAUGCGGCCGUUGGAUACGCCGAAGAGGCUUUUCGUGGUCCAUGGAGCCAGUUCACUGCUUUGCAACGAACCGAGUGCUUUCUUAGAUUGGUUACACUUCUCGAUAACGAACUCACACCCAUUCUCGAGAUGGACUCCCUGACCUCAGGCAUUCCGAUUUCACUAGCUCCGAUCCGGGAGCUAAACUACAUCAGAAAUUGCGUAUUGUAUUACGCGGGAUGGACGGACAAGCAGAAGGGGGACUAUUAUCCUGCUGAUGAUGGUUUUGUGAAAUUGAUUCGACAUGAGCCUAUUGGUGUUUGUGCCGCUAUAAACCCGUUCAAUGCUCCUCUAGCGACCUUCUUUCUCAAGGCUGCGCCGGCGCUUGCGACUGGAAACGUCAUGAUUCUGAAACCUAGCGAAAAGACGCCACUGGGAUCUUUAGCUGCUAGUCCAUUAUUCGAAAAGGCCGGCUUUCCUCCUGGCGUUAUUCAGGUCAUCACAGGACCCGGCUCUACUGGCGCCCUGCUUGCCGAGCAUAUGAAGAUACGUAAGCUCAGCUUUACUGGUUCGCUGGGAACUGGCAGAUUGAUCCAAGUUGCGGCUGCUCGGAGUAACUUGAAAAGAGUUACGCUAGAACUUGGAGGAAAAAGCCCAGCGCUGAUUUUUGAGGACGCAAAUCUGGAUAAUGCUCUUACAUGGACAAUCAAUGCGAUUUUGACACGAAGUGGACAACUCUGUGUCGCUGCUUCCAGAGUAUACGUCCAAAGGAGCAUUGCAGACCAAUUCAUCAAAGAGUACACACGAAGAAUGGAGUUAGCUAUCAACGACUUCGGCGACCCACAAGAUCCAACUACCAAAUUAGGACCCAUGGUGGAUGCGUCACAACUGGAAAGGGUUAUGGGGAUGGUUGAGCGAGGACGAUCUGAAGCCGAACUGAUUGUUGGGGGCCUCCAAUUCGGCGAUACAGGAUGCUACAUGCAACCGACAGUGUUUUUGAACCCGAAAGAUGAUGCUGAAAUCUAUCGAAACGAAAUAUUUGGCCCUGUCAGCAUUAUUAAAACAUUUGACACCGAGGAGGAAGCUCUUAAGAUGGCUAACAAUACAGAGUUCGGUCUGAUGUCCGGAGUAUUUACUCGCGACAUUACACGAGCUCUGCGCGUUUCCUCUUCGCUAGACUCAGGCGUUGUUGGUAUCAACUGUGUCAGCUUGCAAAGUUUGCAAGCUCCAUUUGGAGGCAGAAAGCAGAGCGGAGUUGGACGGGAAUUCGGAGAGUAUGCGCUACGAUUGUUCACUGAACCUAAAACAGUUCUCAUCAACAUGGGCGCCUAGUUAGGGACUACAACGUUAGCUACAUACACAAUUGGG